AUGCUGAAGUCAAGAAUACAUACAUCCUCUAAGUCUGAGGCAGUCAUAUUUAAGACCAUACCUGACACAUUAGAUGAAAUUCUCCUUCCUCUGGAUGAAUGCCAAAAUCUCCAGAAGCUUCUAAAGGAACAUUGCCAAACCAGCCACUUGCAUUAUGCAAGAAUAUACGUUGGCCGCGGAAACAUAAACUUGCUGAAAUAUCCUGUCAAAUGCAGCGGUCAAAAUAGAGACAACAAAGCACCUGUUUGUUUUAAAUGUGGAGAACAUGGACACGUGGGUUACCAACCUCCUAAAAAGAAUAAUUUGCAAGUUGGGAUUGCACAAGGAAAGGAAGCUGCAGAACAGGAAUCAGAUUUGGCAGGAAAUUCUUUGGAUUUUGGGACUAAAAAGCACAAAUCACCAACGAAUAAUUCAUACCUAUAUUUAGAUCACAAAGAAAGUGGCAAUAAAGUAAAGAGAUCUAUAAAUGAAUAUGCAGACCAUGAACCAUCUGCCUGA